AUGAAGUACAUAGAGCUGCCAGCUUUGUCUCGCUUAGCCCAGUCGCUAACACACGAAGGUCCGGAAUGCGAUGUCCACACCCGUAUCGAGGCGUACAGCUGCAAACAGAUUAAACGCGACAAGAAACUCUUUAAGUCGCUCGAAACUGCCUAUCAAGAAGACGUUUCCAACUCACCCCCGCUUCCCUCGUGGAUGGCGCUCGACAAAGAAGCGGAAAUGACGCCUUUUGGGCCCAUUGACAGACAAGCGUCGCGCAAGACGCUGUACUUCCUCAUCGCGACGCUCAACGUCGCCUUUCCGGACCACGACUUCUCGGACGUGCGGCCUAGCCACUUUGUGCGAGAGGAGAGUGGAGCGAGCGUCCUGAACGCUCUAAGCAACACGCUCGUAUCCCCUCACAGGGCAGGAAGUAACGCCCCCCGCUCUUACUCAUCCUACCCACCCGCUUCUUCAGACAUCUUCCCAUCGUCAAUAUCAAGCUCCACCUCACCUUACGACAAGCCCAUCCCAAGUCCGCUCGCUCCACCCCCAAUAGUCUCCGGAACCCAUCCGACGCUCUUCCGCAUCAUCAACGAAGUGAUAGGCUUGCCCGACUGUGAAGUCUACUCGUACAACCCGGAAAUCGAUGCCGACCCACAUGCAAACGACUUCGAUGACGACGAUGACGAUGUUGCGUCGGUGGCGGAUGAGAAUUCUUCAGGGGACGAUGAUCCGACUUUCGAAUUUGACAACUACGAUGUCGACGAACUUCGCCCCACCUACCGUAGGACUGCUAUCCCACCCCCUACUCCAAGAGCUGCUUCCCAAUACACAAUCCCUGAUGACUUUUCGCCAAUUUCGUAUGAGAGAGUCCAGUUCAAGCGGAGAGGAGCCCUGCUGUGGUCGUCGCAUUGGUUCUUCCUGAACAGAAAGCUGAAGAGAAUCCUUUUCGUGACCGUUUGGGCGAGAAGCAAAGGGAUAGGGAGAUUUUAUGUCGAUGACGAGGAUGAGUAUUACGGGGUCGACGCCAGAGAUGACACGCACGAGAGAUUCUUGGGUUGGGAAGGAUCAAUAGGAGCGGGUGCGCGGGCGCUCGGGUUGAAAGGAUACUAGCUCUGCGGUAUCUUACCGCGGAUAUACCAUUUUCUCUUCGAUUCUAUUUUUGUUUUCCUCUUUUUUCCAUUGCUGCUUGCUGCUUGAAGCCAAGGACAAACGAAUUGCCUUUCUCUCUUGCAGGACCGUGUUGUACCAUAUCACGCCUGUUAUGCCGGAUCUCUUUUUUCGACUCCAUGCUCGUACUGUAUUUAUGACUUGGUCACUUACCUUUUCGCUAUGCCCCUUCUUCCCGGAGUAAUUCGUACAACUCUUCGUCUUGCUUAAUUCGUAGUGACCGCAUCUUGAUGGCUGUAACCCCUACUUGAAACAAAUUGAAGCGCACCUUCUCUGC